GUGGCUCAGUCGCCGGCGCUAUGCCGCUAUGCCGUGCUAUUGGUAGCUUUUCUUCUCUCUCGCUUGGAUACCUAAUGACAAGCCCACCUACUAUCCACACGACGUGGUGGUGCUUGAGCGCCCUAUUCCGCCCUACGGCUAACCGCCUCCAACUAGACAGGGGCUGCCCAGAGCGAGUGCGGGCUGAGCCCCUCUGUCUUAUCGCUAGGGAAUUUACACUGCUUGACACAGAGAGUGCGAGAUAUCAACGAGACAAGUACAUGUAGUAUCUUCCUUCAUAAAGGAGAUCGCUUCGAGGAGGAGGUGUGUGUACAUAGUU